AUGGAUCAGGACCAGCAAUGGUUGAUCAAUUGCUUGAACGCAUCACUCGAUCCCAGCCAACAAACUAGAACCUUCGCUGAGACUUCGCUUCAGCAAGCGUCCCUUCAACCAGUACGAGAUAUCGAAUUGAUUUUACGUUACCUUUUGAAUAUUUGCAAAGGUUAUGGUGUUGCUCUUGCUAGAAUUGCAGCUCACCGGGAACUUCAAUUUGGGUUGCGGCAGAUAUCCUUGAUGAUGCUCUUAGCCAUUGUGAGAUUAACACGCAUUCACCUAGCAGCAGUUUUGCUGAAACAAUUUAUCAGAAAACACUGGAAUGAGGAUGAGGAAGGCUUUGAGCAUCCCGUUGUUGAGAGCAAUGAGAAGGCAGCUGUGAAAGGACUACUUUUAUCAUUGCUUGAUGAUCCUAGUAAGAAGAUCUGCACUGCAGUAAGUGUGGCUGUAUCGGCGAUUGCGCAGUAUGAUUGGCCAGAAGAUUGGCCUGAAUUAGUGCCUUUUCUUUUAAAUUUAAUUAACGACCAGAGUAAACUGAAUGCUGUACAUGGAGCUUUACGAUGCUUGUCUCUUCUUUCCUCGGACAUGGAUGACAAGAUGGUGCCCCAACUAGUCCCAGUUUUAUUCCCAUGCUUGCACGCGAUUAUGUCCUCUCCUCAGAUCUAUGACAAAAGUCUGAGGUCUAAAGCUCUGUCAGUAAUUUAUAAUUGUACUUCAAUGAUUGGGGCUAUGAGUGGUGUGUACAAGACAGAAACAACUGCCCUAAUGUUACCAUUGCUCCAACCUUGGAUGGACCAUUUCUCGUCAAUCUUGAAACACCCGGUGCCAUCUGAAGAUCCUGAUGAUUGGAGCAUACGGAUGGAGACUGUUGACUUCUACCAAUUCAUUUUACCGGCUGUCCAGGUGUUGAAGUGUUUGAAUCAGUUCAUUCAGAACUUUCCCACCAUUACAGAAACUCAUUUUGCAGUUUCUCAUUCUGGCGGUAUUUCAGUAAUUCUGGGGCCAUUGUGGCAAACACUUGUAUCAUCGUUGGGAGUUUAUGAGCGCUCAGUGAUUGAAGGCGUUGAAGAUUCCUAUGAUGGUCGGUAUGAUUCUGAUGGUGCUGAGAAAAGUCUUGAGUCCUUUGUUAUCCAGUUGUUUGAAUUUUUAUUGACUGUUAUUGGAAGCCCGAGGUUUAUGAAGGUUGUUAUGAACAAUUUAAAAGAGUUAGUCUACUACACUAUUGGUUUCCUUCAAAUGACGGAACAACAGGUUCAUACCUGGUCCCUCGAUCCUAACCAGUAUGUCGCUGAUGAGGAUGACAAUACUUACAGUUGUCGUGUAUCUGGUGCACUUCUGCUGGAAGAGGUAAUAUCUAACUGCGGGACCGAAGGCAUAAAUGCUGUGAUCGACUCUGUAAAAAGUCGAAUAAGUGAGUCCCAACAGGCGAAAGAUACUGGCUCUCCUGGUUGGUGGAGAUUAAGAGAGGCUGCCCUGUAUGCUUUGGCUUCUGUGGCUGAACAGUUGCUUGAAGUAGAGGUUUCUGGUUCUACAGUUGGACCUAUGCUAGGGCAAAUUUUAACUGAUGACAUGGCAACAGGCGUCCAUGACUACCCCUUUCUUUGUGCCCGCUUAUUUUCCUCUGUUGCAAGAUUUUCUUCCAUGAUGGACAACCAAGUAACAGAGCAGUUCCUAUACGCUGCUAUUAAGACAGUUGGAAUGGAUGUACCUCCACCAGUUAAAGUUGGUGCUUGUCGAGCUUUAUCCCAACUUUUACCAGAUGCCACCACUGGAAUUGUUCAACAGUUUGCAUUUGACUUAUUCUCGUCACUUAUAGAUCUUCUAAAAAAUGCCUCUGAUGAAACUAUGCAUUUAAUACUUGAAACUCUGCAAGCAGCCGUGGCAGCUGGUCAUGAAGUUGCGGCAUCAAUAGAGCCAGUUUUAUCUCCUAUCAUGCUCAACAUGUGGGCUUCUCAUGUUUCUGACCCAUUCAUCAGUAUAGAUGUUCUAGAGGUUUUGGAGGCCAUAAAAAAGGCCCCUGGGUGUAUUCAUCCACUGGUUUCUCGAGUUAUCCCCUACAUCGGGCCAAUCCUCAGUAGUCCGCAACAGCAACCCGAUGGUUUAGUUGCCGGUUCUUUAGAUCUUGUCACAAUGCUGAUAAAGAAUGCCCCUGUUGAUGUGGUAAAAGCACUCUUUCAAGUUUCAUUUGAUCCUGUCGUGAGAAUAGUUCUCCAGAGUACUGACCAUAGUGAAAUGCAGAAUGCAACCCAGUGCUUAGCUGCACUUGUGUCCGUUGGGAAACAAGAUAUGCUUUCUUGGUCUGGUGAUCCUGGUUUCACAAUGAGAAGUUUGCUGGAUGUAGCUUCGAGGCUUCUAGACCCUGAACUAGAAAGUUCCGGAUCGCUUUUUGUUGGCAGCUACAUUCUACAGCUUAUUUUACAUUUGCCUUCACAAAUGGCGCAGCAGAUCAGGGAUCUCGUGACUGCACUUAUCAGACGCAUGCAGUCUUCAUGGAUUGCGGGACUGAAAUGUUCAUUGCUUCUGAUUUUUGCGAGACUGGUCCACAUGAGUGUCCCACAUGUAGAACAAUUUGUUGACAUGCUUGUCUCUAUCCCUGCCAAAGGGGAAAUUCAAGGAGCCUACCAAAUCAAAGUGACAACUACUGCUUUGGCUUUGUUGCUCUUGACUAGACAUGUUGAAUUGGGGAACAUUAACGUUAAAGGCCAACUUAUCAAGUCUUACACAGGCAUAACGACUCGCUCAAAAGCCAGGAGAAUACCAGAUCAAUGGACAGUUGUGCCACUUCCUGCUAAGAUUCUGGCUAUACUGGCAGACACUUUAAUAGAAAUCCAAGAACAAACUUUAAUAGAAAUCCAAGACCAAGUAGAUGGGGAUAAUGAGGAUAGCGACUGGGAAGAAGUUGAGAAUGAAGAUGGUGAUUUCUUAUAUUCUUCUGCUAAUUCCGCAUCACAUGGCAGACCUACUUAUGAAUAUCUCGAUGCCAUGGCAAAGGCUUUUAAUGAGGACCAAGAAGAUGACUAUGAAGAUGAUCUUCUUAGUGGUGUGGAUCCUCUAAAUGAGAUGAAUUUAGUGAACGUUCUUUUCGAAUCCCUGGCAAAAUUCUCGGAGGGCGACAGACCAUAUUUUGAACAUCUAUUUCAGAGCUUAACAAAGCCUCAACAAAAAGCUAUUGAAUUGGUUUUAAGACGACGGGCAAUGAUACUAUACCAACAACAAAAGGAGAACAAAGUUCAAUACAAUUCAGCGCAAAGCAGACUGAAAAUGGAAGUGCAACAGCUUCCAAUAAUGAAAGAUGAGGCUUUCCCUAGCAUUGAUAAAACAAAGAAACCAGGGUUAGUCUCAAUCUCCCAAGCUAAGAAACCUACUCUUAACAAGAGAAGAGAUUGGGGAGAGCUUCCAAAUAAGUUUUGCUCUUUUACAUUGAAAGAAAAGGUGUUCUUGUGUCUUAAAGUCCUCUCCACACAACUUGCACCUUUGAUCCACCUGGAUUCCUCUUCAACUGAUAUUGCAAAGGACUGGAAGGAUGUUGUUGAUCCCUUUCCACACAAAGUGCUUUAG